CCCGAACUUUCGUAUAAUCCACUUUCGCUUUCUAUAGUCAGUUGAUUGAUGAUUAUGUAGGAAUAUUUUUAUCAUUCGUUUUUCACCGUGACAAACACAGAGGUCUGCGAUAAGAAAGAGAUACGAGAUUCAAAAUAAUAACAGCUAAGCACGCUAGUGUUUUCCUCAUUAUUCAAAUUUAUUUGCGUCUUUAACACGCUUAUGCAUAAAUUUACGAACGUAGAAAUCGUUAAGCAGAUCAUGAAUAUAAUUAGAUCGUAGUCGAGGCCAGUACAAAAAAAUGAUGAUGCACAAAUGUCUUUGUUCUACGUUGUUCAAUCUUUUCUCUAUCAAUACGGUGUUAAACUGAUUGAAAAAUCUAUACUAGCUCAUAUUUCGACUUCCCAAAGGGGAAUAUUAUUUGACAAUAUGUUGAGCCUGCAAUUAAACUUGAUGAAUAAGUGUGACGUAUUCGGUGUAGAAAUACAGAUAUUCAUGGAGUCUGGUUUGUGAUAAGAUUUGCGAAAAGAAGCGCUCUUUAUGGCUCGUCUCAAAGCAGUUUGUUCGAAAGCUUUUGGUCAGUCACGCGCUAGCUUUAGAACGUUAAUUACACGAACAGAGAAUAUGUUUCGCCUAGCUGCACGAAAGCUAGGUAACUCGAAAACGAAUAUUGACAAAAGAAGGUUGUUAACAAAGCCUGUAGAAGAAGGUACAACUUCCAGCCAAACGAUAAAUGUUCCUGAAUCCGCUGACGUAGUAGUGAUAGGCGGUGGAAGUGCAGGGUGUAAUGCUCUUUAUCAUCUGGCAAAAUAUGGAGUUAAUGCAGUUCUUUUGGACCAAGCCAAGUUGACAGCGGGAACAACAUGGCACACCGCAGGAUUAAUUUGGAGAUUGAGAGCAAAUGACGUUGAAAUGCAACUGCUACACACUACCAGGGAAUUACUUUUGCGUUUGGAAAAAGAGACCGGAAUAGAUCCUGGGUGGAUUAAUAACGGGGGGCUGUACAUUGCUCAUUCUGAUAUACGAAUGGACGAGUACAAAAGGUUGGCCACGAUAGGUAAAGCCUUCAACAUAGAAUCUCAUCUAGUGUCACCUCGAGAAACAAAAAAAAUAUUUCCACUCAUCAACGAGGAUGCAUUUCACGGGGCAUUGUACACCCCAGGGGAUGGUGUGGUUGAUCCUGCUAUGCUGUGCAAUGCGCUAACGAAGUAUGCGAAAAAUCAUGGGGCCAAGGUUUUCGAAGACUGUCCAGUUACCAAAAUUUUGACCAAAAAGACACAGUUAGGGUCGUUGCAAGUUGCAGGCGUAGAAACACCACAUGGAACGAUAAAAACUAAUUGUGUCUUAAAUGCUGCCGGAGUUUGGUCGCGAAGUAUAUCCAAAAUGGUAGGAAUUCAGAUACCUCUGAUUCCAAUGAAGCAUGCCUACGUUGUCAGUGAACCUGUUGAAGGUGCAAAAGGCCUACCGAAUAUAAGAGACCACGAUAAAAGCAUGUACUUCAGAAUUCAAGGAUCAUCAUUGUGUAUGGGGGGAUACGAACCAAACCCAAUUAUUUUACAAUCCGUUCCAAAAGAUUUUAACUUUGGACUUUAUGAAUUAGACUGGAAUGUAUUUAGCACACAUAUUGAGGCAGCUAUUGAAAUGGUUCCACAAUUUUCGACAGCAGGCAUAAAAACAACAGUAUGCGGACCUGAGAGUUUUACCCCAGAUCACAAACCGAUCAUGGGCGAAGAUCCGAGAUGUAUGGGAUUUUUUCAUAGCUGCGGUUACAAUAGUGCCGGGAUGAUGCUCGGUGGGGGUUGCGGGGAGCAAAUUGCAAAGUGGAUAAUUAAUGAGCGACCAGAUAAGCACAUGUACAGCUAUGAUAUUAGAAGGUUUACUCCGGAACAAACCAGUGAUUCCAUAUGGGCAAACGAAAGAUCUCACGAGGCUUAUGCGAAGAACUACAGUAUUGUUUUUCCUCAUGACGAAUCUCUCAGUGGUAGAAACGUGACCAAAGAUCCGUUCCACGAUAUACUUUUGGCAGAAGGUGCAGUUAUGGAAGAACGCCAAGGAUGGGAGAGACCAGGAUGGUUUCUCCCUGAGGGAACGGUCAAAAUUCCUCCAUAUGAUUACUAUGGAAGUUAUGGCUCACCAAAAAAUGAAGACACUAAGUACAGUGAGAUACUUCAAAAAGAUUACACCUUUGAUUUUCCGGAACACAACGAAGUGAUAAAAAAUGAGGUACUAGCAUGCAGAAAUAAGGCUGCAUUGUUCAAUCUUUCAUACUUUGGAAAAUUCUUUUUGUGCGGACGACAAGCACAAGAGGCGGCAGAUUAUUUAUUUACCUCCAAUAUGCACCGUGAAAACAAUAAGACUGUGUACACGUGUAUGCUCAACCAACAGGCUGGCGUUGAAGCAGACUGUACUGUUACAAGUAUUGAAGGUGGCACUGGAACAGUAGUGGAUCCGAUUUUCAAGGGAAAAGGAUUUCUUAUCGUGGCUGGUGGUAUGUCGGGAUAUCAGACAUGGGUGCACAUGAAUCAAGUGGUGAAAAAAAAAGGAUUUCACGUUACCCUACACGAUGCUACAAAACAAAUCGGCGUCCUUUCUGUGCAAGGACGUUUCAGUCGUAAUAUACUGGAGAGCGUUGUGGAUGAAGAUAUAUCGAACUCGGCUUUUCCAUUCUCGACAUCAAAAUUGCUAACAAUUCAAGGGACUUUAGUGCGUGUGAUAAGACUUAGUUUUGUCGGAGAACUGGGUUUUGAAAUACAGAUUCCAUCACAGUCAUGUGAACAAGUUUACCACGCGAUCAGGCAAGCUGGCAAAGCCUAUGAUAUGAAAUUGGCUGGAUAUAGAGCACUCUACAGUCUCAGUAGUGAAAAAGGCUAUCAUUUGUGGCACUCAGACCUGAGGAUAGAUGAUAAUCCAAUCGAAGCAGGUCUUGGCUUUGUGUGUCGGAAAACGGGAGAAUAUCUUGGCAAAAAUAAAAUUGAUAACAUCAGGAAACAUGGCACAAAAAGAAAAAUGGCCUAUUUCCACAUAGCAGAUCAGGUACCAGUGUGGGGGUUGGAAACAAUAUACAGGGAUGGUGAAGUCGUUGGAUAUUUAAGAAGAGGAGAAUAUGGUUAUGCGCUUGAACACAGUAUUGGGCAAGGGUAUGUGACACACCCAGAAGGUGAGAACGUUACAAAACAUUAUUUGGAAUCUGGAAGUUAUGAAAUUGAAAUCAUGGGUAAAAAAUACCCAGCCAAGCUAUACUUGCAUAGUCCCUUCGACCCAGAAAAUAAGAGGCUACAUGGGGUGUAUGAUUAAAGUUAAGUAAUUUUUAUGCUUGUCCAAUAGUGUGUUUUUAAAAAACCAUGACAUGAGAAUUAUCAUAGAUAAUUGACUAAGUUUCAUUUUUAUACCAAAAUUUUAUAAAAAUAUUUAUAAGUAUGUAGUAUUAGAUAUUUUUUACAUUAUAAGUCAAGUCAACAAGCCGUUUUCAGAAAUGGCAUUACUAUCGAAACUCUCUUCCUGAGAAAGCUCAGCUAAAUAUGCUUAUGUUUUGAAAGAGUGGAGGUAAGAAACAGUAAAUGAGAGAAUGUGAUAUUAUUUGAUUUAUUACUAUUGCAAUUAUUUUUUAGAAUUACUGUAGUAACAUCAAACCUAAUUCGAUGUCACAAAAUAUCAGGUACCUUUUAUUACAAUGAUUCCGAUUGGAAAUGCGUUAUUCACUUAAUUUCAUCUAAUCAUCCUGCAAGAGGGUUUGCAUGAAUUGUUACUGUAUUAAUUCUUGUCUCUGUAAGUGGUUUAAAGUUCUUUGGAUUUGUUGGUAGCUUUUCCAACUCCUCAAGGGUAUCAAGCCCAUCGAUUACUCUGAAAGUUAUGUGAAAUAAAUUUCAUGUAAUUUCUGAUAUGGGUAUACACGAUGUAUGCUCAUCGCAUUUUUGUGACAAUUUAAUUAAUUCUUAGAUAAUUUAUACUCACUUGCCAAAUAAAGUGUAUUUCAAGUCCAGAUGUGGCUGUGGUGCGUACGAUAUAAAAAACUGACUUCCAUUUGA